AUGGACGAUGCAACUAAUUAUCCGGUUGAAUUUGUAAAUUCAUUGAAACCACCGGGCAUGCCAUAUCAUAGGCUUAUUCUGCGUAUGGGCACACCUAUUAUGUUGUUGCGAAAUUUGAAACCGCCUAAACUGUGCAAUGGGACCAGGCUUAAAGUCAAAGCUUUACAUCGCAAUAUAGUAGAAGCCACAAUUUUAACAGGAUGUGCAAAAGGGGAAACUGUGUUUGUACCACGAAUCCCUUUAAUUCCGAAUGAUCAUCCGCUCGAAUUUAAACGAUUACAGUUUCCCCUGAAAGUCUGUUUUGCAAUGACUAUAAACAAGUCUUAA